UUUGACAUUUCCGACUUUCAAAUGACACAAAUAAAAUUAAAAAUAGACGAAAAAUCAACAUUUGCAUAAAAAUGCGUGACUAGCUAAUUAAUUCAAGCUCUAUUUCAAGAUGCGGACCCGUAGUAAUUCCGGGGUUCGCCUGGAUUACUACCAACGAGUAGUGCACAAAUUAAUCCUAGACCAUCAACAACCUGUGACGGGUUUGUUUCCAGCAAGUCCCCAAAAUGACCACGCAUGGAUCAGGGACAACUUGUACUGCAUACUGGCAGUCUGGGGGCUUUCCAUGGCCUUCAAGAAGAUCGCUGACCAAGAUGAAGACCGAGCGAAAACGUAUGAGUUAGAGCAAAGUUGUGUCAAAUUAAUGAGAGGCCUUUUAAUGGCAAUGAUGCAACAAAAAGAUAAAGUUGAGAAAUUCAAGAGCACGCAAAAUCCUCUGGAUUCCCUGCAUGCUAAAUACUCGUCAACCACAGGACGUUCUGUGGUUAAAGACAAUGAGUGGGGUCAUCUACAAAUUGAUGCUAUUUCCCUUUACCUGCUGAUCCUUGCUCAAAUGACUGCAUCCGGGCUGCAGAUUGUAUUCUCCCUGGAUGAAGUAGCAUUUAUACAGAACCUUGUGUUCUACAUUGAAUCUGCUUAUUGCACUCCAGAUUACGGAAUCUGGGAAAGAGGUGACAAAACUAAUCAUGGCUUGCCAGAGCUGAAUGCCAGCUCUAUUGGUAUGGCUAAGGCAGCACUUGAAGCCAUGAAUGAAUUGGACUUGUUUGGAGCCAGGGGCGGCCCAUCUAGUGUCAUUCAUGUUCUGGCUGAUGAAGCUCAGAAAUGUCAAGCUGUCUUGCAGUCAAUGCUGCCUAGAGAGUCUAAUAGUAAAGAACUUGAUUCUGGGAUACUGUCAAUCAUAAGCUAUCCUGCUUUUGCUGUGGACGACCCACAGCUUAUAGCUAAAACUAGAGAUGCUAUAGUCACAAAGCUGCAAGGAAAAUAUGGAUGUAAAAGAUUUCUGCGAGAUGGGCAUAAGACGCCCAGAGAGGAUCCUAACAGGCUGUACUAUGAACCUUGGGAGCUGAGGAUGUUUGAGAACAUAGAAUGUGAAUGGCCCCUAUUCUUCUGCUACCUCAUCCUCGAUUACUGCUUCCAAGGAGACAAGAACAAUGUUGGUGAAUACAUGAACAUGUUAGAGAAGAUAAUGCUCAGGAAAGAUGAUGGUAUAAAGUUGGUUCCUGAGCUGUAUGCUGUGCCAAUUGAUAAAGCUGAUUUAGAGAAAGCUGACCCAGGUAGCCAGGAAAGGAUACCUUUAGGCCGGUGUCCCUUUAUUUGGGCACAGUCUUUGUAUAUCCUAGGAAAGUUGUUGCAAGAGGGAUUCCUGGCUGUUGGUGAGUUGGAUCCUCUGAAUAGAAGGUUGUGUUCAGAGAAGAAGCCAGAUGUGGUUGUCCAGAUAGUUAUACUGGCCGAGGAUAAUGAAAUUAGAGACAAAUUGCUGGAGUAUGACUUGCACGUCCAAACUAUUAGUGAAGUGGCGCCUAUCGAGGUGCAACCGGCGAGGGUACUCAGCCAUCUUUAUACAUAUUUAGGAAGAAAUAAAAAACUCGGUCUAUCUGGCAGGAAAUCUCGUGACGUCGGCAUUCUUAGCACUAGCAAGUUGUACUCAUUGAAUGAUCGUAUAUUCGCCUUCACGCCACAGUUUUCUGAUAUGAGGCGGUUCUACAUAGCUUCCGACUAUGAGCUGAUGGUUGAUACUCUUAAAGCUGAGAUAAAUUUCUUGAAAUCUUCCUGGCAAAACCUUCUGGGGCGCCCCCUUGUGGUCUUGAGUUUAAAUCAAACAUACUUAGACCAAGGUCGUAUCCCGAUGGCAAUGAUAACGACUAUGAAGAAGUUGAAGUCAGGCUACAUAAACGGCACGAGAGUCACUCUGGGCAACCUCGGAGACUUCCUGAGUACGUCAGCCAUUACAAACCUGAGUUUCUUGGGCAGUCAGGAAGAUGGAUAUCCUGACAAGCUGAACCCUCAAGUGCAGAGCUACCUAGAGGAGCACCUGCUCAAGUCUCUGAGCAACAAGCUGAGCUUCCUGUCGCGGCCGGCCGGGUUAAACAAAGCGCGCACCAUGCGCCGGCGCAUGUCCGUGCGCGGCGCCAUCAAGAAGACGCGCUCCAUCAACGUGGACUCGGAGACCCUUGGCAUGGAGGGCGAGUACGUGGGUCCUCAGUUGGAGCGCAAACCGUCGUGGCUGGAGGUGGAUCCUGGCGCCUUCGGGCGCAGCCCCUCCCCUGAGGAAGGCAGAAGGAAAGUUGUCACUAAGGGCACCUCGACAACCACUUUACUAGGAUCUCCGAUGAUUGAAGUGACUAAAGAGAAGACACCAAGCCCGCCAAAAGAAGAGGGAGCAGUGAACAAGAGCAUCCCAACGAUCCUGCGGACGCGUACGACGUCGGAAUCCGCCAACUUACUGUACGCAGAGCAAGAAACAGACGAGCUGCUGGGCAUGCUGCGGGAGACAGAGAGCCUCGACGAGCAGGGAGACAUUCUGCAGUACCUCGUCGACACGCACGGCCUCGACUUCAAUACCGGUAUGCUAGAAAACGGAAAGAACGUAACAGUGAAGGAACUUCUCAAGGCUUUAUACGAGAAGGCGUGCACACAGAAACUAUGGGGUCUAGUACGUCAUACGGCUGGUAUGUUGGGCAAGCGGGUAGAGGACCUGGCCAAGGCAGUGACUGACCUGCUGGUCAGGCAGAAGCAGAUAACCGUUGGGAUGCCGCCCAAUAAUGAGCAUACGAUCACUGCGCCGCUACCAGAGAACGAGUUAAGACAGCUGAUUCAUUUGGCAUAUGGCGACGAUGAGAGUACGGCCAUGCUGACACAAGAGCUGCUGGUAUACCUCGCCAUGUUCAUCCGCACGGAGCCGCAGCUCUUCCUCGAGAUGCUCAGGUUGAGGGUCGGACUCAUCAUACAGGUAAUGGCGACAGAACUAUCUCGAACGUUGUCGUGUGACGGCGAGGAGGCGUCCGAACAUCUCCUCAACCUGUCGCCUUUCGAAAUGAAGAACCUCUUGUACCACAUACUCAGCGGCAAAGAGUUCGCUAUUAACAGUGGAAAUUCUCUGUUCGUUAUAAAGGAACGGAUCAGUAAGAGCAAAGGACGUGGCAACUUCUCCAUAGUGAGCAACAAGUCCAACCGUUACGGGAAGAAGUCGCAAAUUGUGCUGGAACAAGGCACUAUUGAUGACACUCCUAUAGCCGAGCCGGAUCGGCAAGGGCAGUGGCUGCGCCGGCGCAGGCUCGACGGCGCACUCAAUCGAGUGCCGCGCGACUUUUAUCCCAGGGUUUGGGGAGUCUUAGAAAAGUGCCAAGGCCUAGUGAUCCAAGGCAAGGUGUUGCAACCAAACUUAACCCAAGAGAUGACUCCUGGUGAGUUGAAGUUCGCUCUGGCAGUGGAGACGGUCCUCAACUCCAUCCCUCAGCCGGAGUAUCGGCAGCUGGUGGUGGAAGCCCUGAUGGUGCUCACCCUCGUGGUCGAGUACAAGGCUGUCACCCAUCUGGGCGGGUUGAUCACCGUCGAGCACCUCGUGCACAAAGCCAACCAGAUAUUCUUGGAGGAUCAGAUGCGUAUAAGCGGCGACGCGACGCUGUGCUGCGCGAAGGCCCCGGGGGGCGGCGGCGGGGGUGCGGGCGGGGGCGGGGGCGGCGCGCUGUGCGGCGGCGCGGCGGGCGUGUGCCAGCACCUGUACGACUCCGCGCCCAGCGGCAGCUACGGCACCAUGACGUACCUGGCGCGGGCCGUCGCCGCGCUGCUGGCCACGGCGCACCCCGCCGACAAGCCCAUAGACUGCACCAUCACGUAGCCUGCCCGGUCACGGUCACGAGCAUUCAUAUGUAUACACUUUGGUACCAUGUCACAUUAACUUUUUCGACAAAUUCGACUGUAAGUCUCACUAAAUGUCAAAUAUGUUAGUGCGACACAGUCCUAAAAUGGGUACAUUGUAUUGCUCAUGACUGUACAAUAAGGAAUUAUACUAUGUAUAGAACGGCUACUCCACUCCACAUUAGCGGCUAAGCUAUGUUAACUCCCCCCCCCCCCCCGGUCUUACUUUAGUCUUCAAUGUCAUGGCGUCAGAGGUCACACACACCAUACAACAAGGAAUAAUACUAACAGCUAAGCUAGGUUAACGAGAGGGGGGGAAGGCUCCCCCCCUCGGUCUUACUUUAGUCUUAAAUCGUAUGACGUCAGAGGUCACACACACAGAUGCACGUGUACGGUGACGUCAAUGUGAUGAGUGAAUGCUCCAGAGUGACAGUGGUGCCGAUUCGGCCAACGACAGAUAACACUCUUCUUAUCGUGUCAAAAUUGGCAACAAGUAGUAUGGCGCUAUCUGCAGCGCUCAUCAGAUCCUCCUGCGUACAGGUGUUCGAGCACGCAGGACAUGAUGUAAGAUGUUCCAUUUGGGGAACAGUGUCGCACUUGCACUUGUACAGAUAACAUAAACAGCCUAUAUACGUCCCACUGCCGGGCACAGGUAUGGAGCAUACUCCACCACGCUGUUUCAAAGUUUUAAUUUUCCAACUCCUAAGAUGGAUAUGAUCACAUCAUCAGUCUAUCAGGGCGAGCCUAUUGCCAUUAUCCGGCCACAAAUCCUGGAAACCACAUGAUGUCAAUUGUCUAAGAUCCAAACAUAAAUUCAGACUUAUAAGUCGAAUUCAAGGCGGACCGACGAUCUGGUGAAGGUCGCGGGAAGCCGCUGGAUGCGGGCAGCGCAGGGCCGAUCGUCGUGGAGAUCCUUGGGGGAGGCCUAUGCCCAGCAGUGGGCGUCAUACGGCUGAUGAUGAUGAAGUCGAAUUCGAACCCGUGACCCUGCGUACAAGUCAUACGUUUUCCGAACUGGAUUUCAUUAUCACGGGAAAUCAUACUUUGUUUUGUUAUUUAGUUUUUCUUUCAUUAUUUAGAUUAUCUGCCCAAAGGAUAUUAAACGGCAGAGUGAAAAAUAGUAUACUUUCCCUUGCUACAAUUAAAUAUUUUUAUGAAAUAUAAUCAAUUAGAUAGUUAUAAUUCAAUUUAGUCGUCUUACUAUGCUAAUGUCCAUUAGUCGUCUUCACAACGAAGGCGCAGGAAUUUUAUGGAAAGUUACAUUUUGAUUUAAUGUGUAUUUAGUUGAACAUUACAGUUCCUUAAAACAUGUAGAUAAUUAAACGAGGAAUAAAAGUUUUUGAUCUGUGGUUUGAAAAAGGUUACGUUGAAGCAAUUCUUUAAUAUACAGCAAUAUUUCAAUUUGACAUUUGCGCAUAAAAAUGUAAGUGCGCAAUGAAAUUCUUCUCUUCCAGUCUUCCAACCAUAAGCAGUUUUUUCUUAGUAGUAAUAUCGUGUAAGGCAUGCCCGCUAAUGAGCGACUUUCUAACCGACGUUCCCCAAAAACACGAUAGAUGGCGUUAUUAAGAUUUUUCUCCGUUUAAACUUCAAAAUUCAUGGAUUACAGACAUAUGCAUCUUUGUUUUUGGGUAUAAAUGAUGACCCUUUUUAUUACACCAAGAUACAAUUACAACUUCCACCCAUUAUUAUUCUGAUUUAAAUAAAGACAAGCAAUAUAGGUAGCAAAAUCAUUCUUUACAUAAUGUGAUCGGAAUAUCAACAAUUAGUUUUAUAUUAUGAUUCUGCUAUAACAUUACAUUUUUGAAUAAUUAUGUACCCCAGCAAUGAGAAAAUAGGUUAUUAUCUCGUUAAAAGUGAACAACGCCAUCUAUCGUGUGUUUGGGGAACGUCGAUUGGAAAGUCCGUCAUUGUUGGGAGUCUGCAUAUAGAUUAUUGUAGAUUGCUACAGGUACAUGUGACCCAAGUGUAGGGUCUCUUUAGAUGUACAUGUCAUAAUACUUAUUA